AAGAGAAUGAAGAGCCGAUAAUACAUAACAAAUCGAAAUUGAUGAGAAUUCAUCUUUUGGCCCAAGCCAUCAAUGGAAUGGUAACUAGGAUUUUGAGAUGGAGUGGACUAUUAUUAUUAUUAUUAUUAUUAUUAUGAGGGGAAAAGGCGUAUCUAUCGGCAAUAAACCGCAGGUGAUAAGUGGACUAUUCGAAACGAUGGAGUGCGCGGCAAAGGGGAGUGUCACGGCCACCCGUUGUGUGGGUCCACCAGUGAGACGGUGUCGUCGUUGUGAAGCUGUAGCUUAUUGCUCUCUCUCUCAUCAGAUUUUACACUGGAGUGAUCACAAGCUACAAUGCGAGAGGUUAGAGGAACAAAUGAGACAUGUUGAUAUUUUGUACAAAUUUCCUUUCACAUUUAGUGAAGAAGCCACACUUCAGAUUUUUGAAAAAAAGGAAACUAGAUGUACAUUUCUUGUUAGGAGAAGUCUUCAUCAAAAAGGAAUGUGGUCUUGUGAAUGCUCUUGUGGGUUUUCUCAUCUUUGUCACGGUAGUGCGACGUUGAUCAAAUACUGGAACCUUUCAAGCACAUUUUCUCCUUGUGGUGGUUUAACUUAUGUUUUUGAAGAAGGGGAACUCUUGUUCCGCAUAAAGAGCUUUCCCACCUUGUUUCUUGGGGCGGACCCUGUAUCUGCAUUGUCUAAACAACUAAGCUGUUGGAAGGAAUAUUAUGAAUGGAGAUCCAUCUCGUUAGAUUCACCUGUUGCUUUGCUGCUUCAGUGGCCCCUAACCAUUUACCAUGCAAUCCAACUUAAUAUGGACAGGGUGCUAAGUGGAGAUGAAAGUAAACAUCUCAAUAUUCACUAUCUUGGGCCUGAUAAGGAAAUUUUCCAACUUGCUGUCUUUGGAGAGUUGUGUGCACUUCUUCCAGACUAUGAUGUGCAUAUAGAGUUUAUUGGACCUGCAGUUCCAGAGUAUCGGGAUGGUGAAAAGAUUAGUCUUCAUAGUUAUGCGUAUUGUGAUGAUAAAGAUUGUGAGUGCAAGGUACCAAAUGGGACUAGUUGUGGUACUGCUGUGACAUUGAGGCUUUUUAGAGGUUACUAUCAUAACCGCUUUAGGGAUCUAAUGAAGGAUUCCUUUCCACAUUUUGUUAUUGCCCCUAAUGCUGGUAUUGCUGCUUAUCCAAGCUGGAAGGAAACAGUUGAGUUGAUUCAUGGACUGGAUAUUCCUGCAGUUUUUACAGACUUCUGUGAAGAAGCUGCUCAUCUGGCUGCUCAAUGUCUGAGCACCAUAACGGAAUGCAAGCUUGCACUUCCGAUUCAACUAAAUCCAUUCAGGCAACCAAUGGCAGUUGAAGACACAGAGUUAUACCUCCCUUGCUGUUCUAAUUGCUUCCUGUUCGGGAUAUGAAUCAUUGACGUUACAGUUACAGACGUUAACUGCGAAGCUAGGAACAAGAGUAACUUAGGUGGAAGUUGGAACUGAAAGGUCUAAAAAAAUUGAUUCCCAUUUCUGGUUUUCGGCUGGUAGAGUACAGGCAAGGAAACUGGUCUUUAGAAGGGGGAUUGCUAAAUCAAGAUUUCGUGUAAAUGACAAUUAAAAAUUUAGCAUUUUGGACGAUUUUGUAAAAAGGAAAACUCCUAAAAUGAAAAAAUAUACAGCUGGUCUCUUAAGAGGCCGUCUUUCUUA